GCCCCGCCCCUGGCCCGGCAGGAUCCCGGAGGGGAUGGGUGGGGCGUGGCUGGGUCAGCUGAGUGACAGUCACGGGACCGCGACCAGCUCUCUGGCUUCCUGGAAGAGGGAAGGAUGAGCGGGGGUCUCCGAGUGUGGCAGGACAUGGAGAAGGAACGCGAGCGUCUGCAGGCCUGGAAGGAGCGAGUCGGGCAGGAACUGGACCGCGUGCUGGCUUUCUGGACAGCGCACUCCCACGACCCUGAAUACGGGGGCUUUUUCACGUGCCUGGGCCGAGACGGGCAGGUGUACGAUGACCUCAAGUAUGUGUGGCUGCAGGGGAGGCAGGUGUGGAUGUACUGUCGCCUGUACCGCACAGUCGAGCGCUUCCACCGCCCUGAGCUCCUGGACGUGGCUAAAGCAGGUGGUGAAUUUCUGCUCCGCCAUGCCCGAGUGGCACCCCCUGGGAAGAAGUGCGCCUUCCUGCUAACCCGGGAUGGCCGCCCCGUCAAAGUGCAGCGCACCAUCUUCAGCGAGUGUUUUUACACCCUGGCCAUGAGCGAGCUGUGGCGUGCUACAGGGGAGGCGCGGUACCAGAGGGAAGCGGUGGAGAUGAUGGACCAGAUUGUCCACUGGGUGCGGGAGGACCCGUCAGGGCUGGGCCGGCCCCAGCUCCCGGGGGCCCCUACCUCAGAGCCCAUGGCAGUGCCCAUGAUGCUGUUGAACCUGGUGGAAGAACUCGGGGAGGCAGAUGAGGUGAUGGCGGGCAGCUACGCAGAGCUGGGGGACUGGUGCGCCCAGAGGCUUCUGCAGCACGUCCAGAGGGAUGGCCAGGCUGUGCUGGAGAACGUGUCAGAAGAUGGCAAGGAGCUUCCUGGCUGCCUGGGGAGGCAGCAGAACCCAGGUCACGCGCUGGAAGCUGGCUGGUUCCUGCUCCGUCACGCCCUCCGGAAAGGUGACCCUGAACUUCGGGCCCACGUUAUCAAGACGUUCCUCUUGGCGCCCCUCCGCUCUGGAUGGGACCCUGAGCAUGGAGGCCUCUUCUACUUCCAGGAUGCCGAUGGCCUGUGCCCCACACAGCUGGAGUGGGCUAUGAAGCUGUGGUGGCCACACAGCGAGGCCAUGAUCGCCUUCCUCAUGGGCUACAGAGACAGCGGGGACCCUGCCUUGCUGAGCCUCUUCUACCAGGUGGCAGAGUACACCUUCCGCCAGUUUCGCGAUCCCGACUACGGGGAGUGGUUCGGCUACCUGGACCGAGAGGGGAAGGUAGCCCUCACCAUCAAAGGGGGUCCGUUCAAAGGCUGCUUCCACGUCCCGCGGUGCCUGGCGAUGUGCGAAGAGAUGCUGGACGCCCUGCUCACGGGCGCCAGCCGGGCCGCGGCCUACGGCGCCUGA